CCUCAGUCUCCUCGAGAUUGGAGUUUCCAACAUUGGUCUGGUGGGUGUGCUAGAAGGACACCGCUGGAUUGUGGUAAAGGGGAUGGCUUUUUGAAGCACACAAGAGUGAAAUUGUCAGAUACGACUUCUGGAUUUUAUUCCUUAGGGACGUUGAUGUACAUGAUAGACAUCGAAGGAUUUUUGGAUUCCAUGGAGCUAUUUGUGGUAGAUUUACCUAAAGAAUGA